AUGAGGCGGAAGGCAGGCGUUGGUGCUAUUCAAAAACAAAAGCUGGAACAAGAAAAAUACAAAGAUAAGGGAACUGAGAUUCAAGAAAAUCAGUUUGAGCAAAUGACAAAACAAAUGGAAACUUUCCGGGUAAAUUUAGAGGAAUUCGCCUCAAAGUAUAAAAACGAAAUUAAAAAGAAUGCCCGCUUUCGACGGCAAUUCACUGAAAUGUGUGCAUCAAUAGGUGUAGAUCCUUUAGCCUCAGGUAAAGGGUUUUGGUCGGUUCUUGGUAUAGGAGACUUUUAUUAUGAACUUGCUGUACAAAUUGUUGAAGUUUGUAUGGCUACAAAUUAUAAAAAUGGCGGAUUAAUAUCAUUGGAUGAGCUUAGAACAAGAUUGAUACAAGCUAGAGGUCGUAGAAAAGAACAUCAGGAGAUUACAAAUGAAGAUUUAUUAGCUGCAGCCAAAAAAUUACGAAUUUUUGGAAAUGGAUUUUCUAUUGUACCAAUUGGCAGAGGCAAACAUUUAGUACAAUCUAUUCCUGGUGAACUGAGUAUGGACCAUACUGCUGUCUUACAACAAGCUAGUUUAUCCGGAAAUGCAUAUAUUUCAAGAUCUAUGCUCUGCAAGGAAUUAAAAUGGGAACCAGGUAGGACACAGAAAGCCUUGGAUCAUAUGGUAAAAGAAGGACUGGCAUGGCUAGAUGAACAAGUGUUUCGUGAGAUAUUUCAAGCAACAUCAUUCAAGUCCGACUUGUAAACAUCAACAAUAUUUCUUUUUACCGAUAGCGCAUAAAUGCGCAUGCAUUCAACAGAACUUGAGAAAGCUGCUGUGCUUGUGCCUGCCUGAAAACUCGAAGCUCGUCCGCAGUCAUGCCCUUGUAACGCGAGGCCAACGGUUUGUGCGGUCCAUGAGUGCUCUCCGCCUGCUCUUUGGCUUCCGUAAGGAAGUCCCCAGUCACGUGAUUGUAGAUAUCCGCCUUCUUGUCCUCCUCCUCUUGAAGGGCUUCGCAGUGGCGGCGGUACUCCUGCUCUUCAGCCUGUCGUACGGGGAAGCGAAAAACGAAGCCGGUCAUUCGACUGAAACGCACGAUCCAACAAAGCGUGACAGUCCGAGGAGAAAAAAAGUCAAGGACAGGGAACGAGUUGGGGAAGCGAGUGGAGGAUCGUUCAUCGUGUUAUUACCGGAGACUCGUACAUCGAUGACGUCACCAAGUUUGCUCAUCGUUCGUAGCAACCUCGUCGACGCUGUAAACGGUGCUCACCUUCGACCAAGGUUUAUGUACGACCGUGCAGUUUGUGCUCGGGAUGCAUUAAACGACGAGGCAACGAUGACUUCGUCUCGCGAUUCGAUACGGUGA